AUGCAGGAAGGUUCGGCGCCAGUCGCAAACCUCCGAACGUCGCUGGGCCACGAGCAUUCUGGGGAAGCCGAAGACGAAGAUUCAGAAUAUGUUACAGUGCCGCCUGCCCUCGUCGCUGCUGCAGUUGUACAUCUUCUCGAAACGACUACGACCGGUGACAUUUUGGUCUUUCUUCCAGGCAUGGCUGACAUAGAGGAAACGGUAGAGAUCCUUGAGCGGCCUCAGUCCGUCGAUGGGCCCGCGACUUCAUCCCUUCUCGGAUUCAAGAUAUUUAAGCUGCACUCACUUCUCAGCGACACCAACGGCGAUGUUUUCAACGAUGUGCCUUCGGGCGAGCGACGUGUCAUCCUUUCAACUAAUAUCGCAGAAACGUCGAUCACGCUGCCCGGAGUGAGACAUGUUAUCGAUACCGGAACAAGCAAAGACCUUAUACUGGAUCAUAGCAAUGGCAGUGAAUCGUUGUUGUGCACCUGGAUUGAUCAGCAAAGUCAGCGGCAACGUCGUGGAAGAGCAGGUCGCACUAGCCCAGGCAACUUUUACGCGUUGUAUACCAAAUCCAAGAGCGAAAGUCUCCCCGAGUAUCCCCAACCAGAACUACACCGGCGGGAUUUGACGGAUGUCUUGCUCAGGUUGAAGUUGAACGGUAGUACGCAUGGCAUUGAAGAAUUGCUUUCUAUGGCUCCUGAUCCGCCGCCCGCACGGAAUGUGCAAGAGGCAAUCCAUGAGAUGAAGCGAUUGGGGGCUCUGUCAAACGACGAUAAGCUAACGCCAUUGGGCCGCGUACUGUCGCAACUACCGGUUGCCCCACGCGCCGCCAAGGCCUUGUUGUUGGGCAUACUGUUCCGGUGCUUUGAGCCCAUGCUGAUCGCUGCUGCUGCUAUGAGUCAACCACAUCUGAUACAAAACAAAGAAGGAACUGCCAGAGAAGCGCGCACAGCACGAAGGGGUUAUGCUGCCACGUCUGACAGCGACACCAUCUCGAUUAUCAACGCGGUCAAGAAAUGCCGCGAGGAUAAGACCGUCGAAGACGUGUUCGGAUUGGGGCGACGUGCAAUCUUUGACCUGAAUGCCGAGGUACAGGCACUUUGCAAUACGCUCACUCGCAUGGGAUUGCUUCCCAGGUUCCCUAUGCCCCAUGCUGGUGCUUUCCCUUCGCUGCCGCCGGAGCUCAGUGUCAACGCGCACAGCAUUCCGCUUAUCAAGGCUUUGCUUGGAUUCACCAUCGAACCGGAGACUGCAGUGUGCGUGACGAAAUCCAAAUACGUUGGCAGGCAAGGCUUCGUUGUGCCACAUAGAACAGGGGUAAACUUUCCCGGGGGCAACUCGGAGCUGCUUGAAAAUGAGGGGCGCGUGUACGAGCAAGGUGAUCUGGCAAGCUACUCGUACGCGAGUAAUAAGGGCGCAGACUUCACGAACAUGAUGCAGACGAGCAUGAUGACUCAUAUGGCCGCGCUCCUUACUUGCCAGAAUGUGUCCGUUUCCACUGAGGACGCGUCGAUGGUCAUUGAUGAGACGAUCAAAGUGAAGCUGGACUUCCUACAAGACUCAUCCGCUCUGACGCCGUCUCAGAAAACGAUGCUACUGCACGAGUAUCGUAAAAUGAUCGAGCGCUUCCUGCAUCUUGCUUGGGCCACGUUGGAUCAGGCUGUCCUGGAAGACAAAUACUACAAGGCUAGCGUCGUUGUGCCAGUCAGUAUGUUUGCAGGCGAGAACGCACUCCGGGACGCUGUGGUACAAGGGUUUCUCGACGUACUUUCGGCAGAUGCUGAAGCGCAUGAGAUUAUGCUUGCCGACCGCCGCGUCGAAGGCAUGUCUCGGGCCCGUGCCAAAGCGGAGAUAAAGCAACAAAAAGCGACCCAAAAGUCGGCCGAGGAUGUCUACAAGGAGUCGUUUCUUGGAAAGCUCAUGGCAAGUCAGAAGCAGGAACUGCCAGCCCUAGACCGACAAAACGCGGUGAUCAAUAGCGCAGCCCCCGAAGAGCCGGCCUGGCUUGAGGGGGCGCAACAAACAAUGAGAAGGACGGAUGCCACCCGAAGGGGCGACUCAUUGCCAACGAGGACCAAGGGGCGGGGACAAAUGACCCGCCUUGAGGCAGCGAUGUCUCCCCCACGGGGAUGA